AUGCGGUCCUCAUCCAAAGCCUCGGUCCCGGCGACACUUGCCGUCCUCCUUCAUCUUGUUCCCAUUGCGACCGCAUGGCCAUUCGCCUUUGGCGCCAACCUCUUUGAGAGAUCAACAUGUGCUAAUCCUUGCGGAUGGGCUGGUCAGAUCUGCUGUAGUGCCAGCCAAGCUUGCGCUACCAACGCCGCCAACCAAGCAGUGUGCAUGGAUUCGGGCAGCGGCGGUUCAUGGGAAUACUUUACGACCACCAUUAUCGUGACUGAGGUGGACCGGUCAACAAUGACAUCCGUGUACAGCAGCUAUGUGCAGGGCCCGGCGCCGACAGCGACGGCAACGGGAACCUGUAAACUUGAACUGGGCGAGUCCACUUGCGGGCCGAUCUGCUGUGAUGCCGCUCAGGAAUGUGUGAAUGGCGAGUGUAUCACGGCCAGUUCGUCAGUCGCAGUGACGGGCGCCGAGGCCACCCCGGGCGUUCGAGCCACCACCAGCGGUGAGAGCACCGUGACUCAGACAGUCGUUCCGACCACCACGCAAGGGUUCAUCGCCCCCGUCGGCACCGACGGCGCAGAAUUGAUCGGGGUGAAGGCGGCCGGCAGUAGUGGUCUGAGCGGCGGUGCGAUUGCCGGCAUUGUCAUCGGUUCAAUCGUCGGUGCCAUUCUGCUCCUGCUACUCUGUGGGUGUAUAUGUUUCAAGGGUGCACUGGAAGGUCUGCUUGCAGCCUUGGGUCUUCGCAAACGCCGCAGACGCGAAACCACCGUCGUUGAAGAGCGCUAUUCCCACCACUCCCAUGGCAGUCGGCCUCCGCCGGCCAGACGCACCUGGUUUGGUGCAAAGCCCGGAGCUGCCGGUACCGAGAGCGAAGUGAGCGAGAAAAAGUCCAAAUUCAGCUGGGCCAAGAUUGCCAUUGUUCUUGGAGCUCUGGCACUGUGUCUAGGACUGAAGCGUCGCAAGGACCAGGACGACGAUGAUGAUAAGACGGACUACACCUAUCCCAGCUCAUAUUACUAUUACUCAGACUAUACUCGGAUGAAAGUUCUGGAGGACGAACGAGAGACACACGGCAAUCCCGCCGCUCUCGGAGAAGCUCGCGACGCUGAGAAGGAUCCAUUGGACAGGGGGGGACGCCUGAUCUGA